AUGGCGUUAAGCUUUGAGAACCAAACCUGGUGUCAUGCCCAGGGAUCUCAUAAAUUAGACAUUGGAAAGUGGUGUGGACAGGUGUUAUUCCCUAUUGGAAUGCUAAGUUUAGCAUCGUAUGAAUCGAUGGGCAACAAGACUUGUUGCUGGCUCAUGGGCAGUCUCGGUGGACAUUGCUCACGACAAGCUGUCUUUUUGUGCACUGGCCAUAUUCAAGUGAAAACAUCCAACUUUGUCAACGGGAAGAAGGGGCUGGUACUUCGAAACCAUGACAAUCCCCACUGGAUUCGAAUUUGUACAAAACACGCUGUGCAUGGGCAAGAGGUCUCUUGUUUCCCAUAUUUGCAGCGCAACAGUGGUAUUUUAAACUUUGCCCUUUCUUCGGCUCCAGCAGCCUACAAUGUGAUGGCAAUGGCCUUUUGGUGGAGGAAGUACAAAUACUCAACAAUCAAUUGCAUUCGAGCAGCUUGUGUCACUAUGUUCAUGCUGCUUUUGUAA